AUGAAAAUGACCCAGGUUGCCUAUAAAUGGGAUUGUGGUCUGUGUCUCUGCACCGCUCAUUUGUGCCAGUCUCAGCUUCGGCCAAAGGACUCGACGAAGGUUGAUUGCGACCACGGUCAAUGUAUCAUCUUUCGUCCAUGUACCGGACUAUGUUACUGUACGAAGAAUAUCCUGGCCCAUCAACGACGCCGAACAUUCACCCCGAUAGCAACCGGCUUGUGCAACCAAUACGAAGUCGUCUGCAUUUCUUCAUCGCUCAACAGCUCGAAGACGUGA